UAAUAAUUUUGUUUUCUAAAAGAAAUUAGCCAAAAAUCGACUUAGCCCAGGCUAAUUGCAGCUGCCGAUUAAUAAUGUAUGUGAACUGUUCAGUUAAACGUAAUUGUUUAAUUACAUUUACGACACACAACAGAGAAUAGCGUGAAAAGUAUUUAAAAUAUGAUUGGAGUGAAUUGUGCUUGCGUUCUAAUAGGUGCUCUUUUACUGCCAAAUAUUGUAACUGGCGAAAAACCGUUGUUAAAAACGAGGCUGGGGUUAAUACAAGGCCUGGAAGCUGACGAUGGAGAUUAUUAUAUGUUUCUAGGCAUUCCUUAUGCGAAGAUUAAUGAAUCGAAUCUCUUUGGUGAAUCUCUCCCGCAUCCACCGUUCGAUACAAUAUUUGAAGCCAACGACGAUAGCAUAAUGUGUCCACAAAGAGAAGAAUUUAACCAAACAAUUCAAGGAACUAUCAAUUGUCUAACUUUAAACAUAUACGUGCCUAAACAGCAAACUCUACAACAUAAGCUGCCAGUGCUACUUUAUGUUUAUGGAGGAAAUUAUAUAGUGGGGUUCAAUGGCAGAUAUAUGUACGGGCCGAAGUAUCUAGUGAGGCAUGAUAUAAUUAUAGUUGUGUUUAAUUAUCGUCUUGGUCCUUACGGCUUCUUGUGCCUUGACAUACCGGAAGUUCCUGGAAAUCAAGGAUACAAGGAUCAAAAGAACGCAUUAAGAUGGGUCUAUAACUACAUUGAAGAAUUUGGAGGCGAUCGAAAUAAAAUCACUUUAGACGGUCACAGUUUUGGAGCAAUUAGCGUUGAUCUGCUUCUGCAUUCAAUGAAUGAAAACGAAAAAUUAUUCGAUAAAGUUAUACUACAAAGUGAAGGUUCUUUAUCUCCGUAUGCAAAAUUACAACGGUUACACGAAAAAGUGUGUUAA